ACCGUAGGUACCGUAGGUAUCCAACAAGGGAACAAUGGAGUCCCCUCGAGGAACCCAAGCUCGGCUCGGAAGUAGACUUGUCGAGUUUCGCCACGCGCGACGCCGCGCAGCGCCACUAAGCCGCGCCUCCAGGUUUUCCGCGUUGCCAGCACCGGCCGCAGCAUUGCAACCACCAUCAAAUCAUGGCCCCUCGCUCCAAAAAGAUGGAGGCGGCCUCACGAGUCGCCUCGGAAUCCGAAAUUUCCCAGAGCUCCGGCAAUAGCUGCGCCUCCGAGACCACGCGAAGGGGCACCACUUUGCCACAAACUACUUAUUGCCACUACCUUGGCGGUCUCGGCACCGUGCUCGACCGCAUGGUGCGGAUUCCAAAGUUGAUCAUUGACUGUGCUAAAUAUGCUCUUGUCGGUAGCGGCAAUUACUAUAAGAAACGUGAAAGUCAUAAGUCAAAUACGCGCCCAUUGUCACUCAAGCAUCUUUAUUACUUUGCUGCUGGGAUUGUCGUUGCAAUGGCGACCGUAGAUCAAUACACUGUGUUUAAACUGUUGACACCGCUGUUGAUAUCAAAAAUACCGUGGCAUACUGGCGCCGAGUGGAAGCAAUACCUCGAUAUAUAUGAUGGAUUUGUUGAGGCGCGACUGAGCCACUGCGAGCAUCGUCAAAUCUCAACGCGCUACGGCUCCACGAUGGUCCACGUCUGUGGCAGCGCAACAGAUGAUACUGUCAUGCUGCUCUCCGGCACACGGGCAAGUUCGCUUAUGUGGGACAUUGUCGCGAACCAUGCCGAACUGUCGCGCCACCGCCGGCUCGUUCUGGUCGACCACAUCUGUGAUGCGGGACGGAGCGUUCCCGUAGCUUGUCCUGACACUGCGAAUGAUCAUGUCGCCUGGUUUGAGGACAUUUAUGCCGAACUGGGUGUGGAAUCGGCCGAUCUUGUAGGAUAUAGUUACGGCUGCUUUCCAACCGCACUCGUCGCCAUCACCGCACCAAGCAUGGUCAAGAAGGUAAUACAUCUAGGUCCUCCUUUUAUUUACGGAAAUAUUCCCACCCGCAUGCUUAGGAAAAUGCUUCUCGCAACAAUUGCUGCGCCGUUCCCUGGUCUUGGCCUCGAUACUACCUGGCUUUUGGGUUCGACGGCUCAUCGCACUGUUGACGAGGUCGCCCAAAGAGAAUUCGCGACUUACGAAGUCGCAUCUGCGGUGCCAUACAACUAUUUUCAUGCAAUUCCCUACGAACUUUCUGACGCUGAGCUCGCUCAACUUGCAACGACGAAUGUGACAGCGGUUCUACCAGAGUAUGAAGUCAUUAUGGACGUUCAGCAAGUCACCUCUCGCCUAACGAAUGCGCAAAUUCGAGUUGAAAUUAUGAAGGACGCUGGGCACCGCGUUCGCAUCGAGGACCCCGACUCGCUUCUUGAGAUAAUUGCACGAUUGCUCUUGACAGAGGACUGACACUCGAGAUGCCCCCUGUAUGAGAUCUUGGGCACUCGCUCGGGAGCCUGACUUCCGAGGGGUCAUCGCACUUAUGCCUCACCUCCUCUUGGACCAUGAUCAGAUUCAAGUUCCAUAGAAUUAUAUAAGAGCUCCGAGUCCUAGAAAUAGCGCCCCCAUAAGUAGAUAAAUAAACGUACUUAGAAUCGAG